AUUGAAGAGGCUGAUUGUGUUAAACCCUAAACCCAGAAAUCGGAGAUGGACAAGAGCAUGCUACAGGGGACGGACUUGGGUCAGCUUGAACCGGAAGAUGAGAAGAGAAUGUCCACCAUGAUCGACCAGCUUCAGAUUCGUGACAGUUUGAGGAUGUAUAAUGCAUUGGUGGAGAGCUGUUUCACUGACUGUGUGGACAGCUUUACGCGCAAGUCUCUGACCAAACAAGAGGAAUCGUGUGUUAGGAGGUGUGCUGAGAAGUUCUUGAAGCAUUCGAUGCGUGUUGGUUUGAGGUUUUCGGAGCUCAACCAAGGAGCAGCCACCCAGGAUUAGGCUCUAUCUGAUCAUUUUUGGUAUGGGUAUCUUGCGAAACUUUCUGUCUGCAUAGCCUUGGAUCUAGAAUGAUUUCCUAUGUUACUAUAGUGAGGACUUGUGUUACAAUUUGUAUGAAAGAGGAAAAGUUGGUUUGACUUGUUAUUGAUGAGCUUCUUAUAUGGAUGCUUCUGUUAACUUGUUAAGAUUUCCAUGUGUUGCAUCAAUUGAGCUUGCACUUUGCAGUGA